UUAACCAAAAUCCUGUGUCAGAACAGGCAAACAAAAAAGAAGCUGCAAGAUGAAGUGCCACAUUGUUUUAAUACUGCUCCUGAUCAUGACUGUGGAAUCACAGCAUUCAACAGACGACAGUUUCUUCAUCUCAGCUCCCAGGCUGUUUCAUGUGGGUGUUAAUGAGAAGGUGUUUGUCCAGAUGGGAAAGCGUCAUCUAAAUAAUGAUGUUACUCUCUAUCUGGUUGAUGGGUCUACUGGGACUGUUAUGUCUGAGAGGAAAUAUGUUCGCUGCACUGAUGAAAGUCAAAUUAAAACAGUUGAGCUCAAGAUAAACAGAGAAACUUUGUCAAGACUGGAUCGAAAAUAUGACAGUAACUUUGAACUGGUGGCAGAAAGUCCAUCCUUCUCUAAGAGGAUGUCAACAAUGGUCAGGUCUUCAAAACGCAGGGGCUAUAUUUUCAUUCAGACUGACCAGCCAAUCUACAAUCCAAAACAGACAGUAAAAUACAGGAUAUUCAGUCUUGACCACACAUUCCGGCCUCAUGGGGAAGUGAUCCAGAUAUCAGUAUUUAAUGCUGCUGGAAACAGAAUAAUGAAGUCCUUAAUGUCUGCAAAGGGAGGAUUACUUAGAGGCAUAUUCCCCAUACCUGAGGCCGCUAAACUGGGCACAUGGAAGAUUACAGCACACUAUCAAGAUGAUGAAAGAAAGGCUUUUUCUCGACAGUUCCAAGUCAAAAAAUUUGUUUUACCAAGUUUUGAAGUGGACAUCGCAAUGGAGCAGAACUAUAUUUUGUGGAAAGCUAAAGAAAAUUUUAUCUUCACCAUCUCAGCCAUGUAUUCACAUGGUGACGCACUUAACGGGUCUUACCACUGCCAGUUUGGAGUGGUACAGAAACUUGGUCAGAAAACAGCACCUAAGUUUAUCAAGGGACUGGAGCUGACUGGCUCGGUCCAGAAUGGAAUUGCAACAGUGUCUCUUGAUAGAGCAAAACUAAAUGAGCAACUCCGAGUUCAGCUGAAGCUAGCCCUCUCUGAUUUACAGCAACGUGGGGAACAACUCUUUUUAAGAGUAUAUGUCACCAACAUACAAAGCGGUGAAAUGCAACAGACAGAAGUUUCCAUUCCUAUCAUCUCCAACAAAUACACCAUUGAUCUCUCCCGAACUCGCUCAUACUUCCUUCCUGGGUAUCCACUAGAUGUGGUGGUGGUCAUGCGUCUCCCCGAUGGCUCUCCAGCAGCUGGUGUGAAUGUAUCGAUUCAUGUUCCACCAUCUACAGAGAAAUAUUUUCAAGGCAUCACCAACCAGGAGGGGGCAGUGAUUAAUGUUUUUAAUGUUCAAAGUGCAGCUGAUUUCACUCUCGAUGUGACUGUGGGUGACCUGCAAAAGAGUACAAUAAUUAGACCCGUUUCAUCUCCAAGUAACAGCUACCUCCACAUAAGUAUUACCAGCAGAGUGUACUCUGUGAAUGAGUUCCUGAGUGUAACAUACCACACCGUAAAUGCCCCAAUAACUGGGUUUAUAUACUACAUGGUCCUAAGCCGUGGGAUCCUUAUAGAUCAAGGUUCUCAUGCAAUUGGUAUUUCAAUUACACAUAAACUGUAUAUACGGCCUAAUAUGGUUCCAUCCUUCCGUCUGAUUGGAUACUUCUACAACAAGCAUGGUGACAUCAUUACUGACUCAGUGUGGGUAGAUGUCAGAGAUGAAUGUGAGAUAAAUGUCAAGGUACAACAUAAAGGACCCUUUGAACCUGGAAAAAAAGCACAGCUAGAGAUUGAUUUACAUGGCCAGAGUGCCAAGGUGGCUUUGUUGGCUGUGGACAAGGCCUUCUACGCUCUCAAUGUCGAUAAUAAAUUCACAGCAAAACAGGUGUUUUCCACUAUGCAGUCAUAUGACCUUGGUUGCUCAUAUGGUGGAGGACACAACCAAGCAUCUGUUCUAACAGAUGCUGGGCUGUCAUUUGUAUCUUCGAAACAGUCAGAAUGGAAAAGAGAUUCUGUCUGUGAACCACAAUUGUCACGACAGAGGCGCUCUGUGGACUUUCAUGUUCUUUUAAUGUCACUUUCAGAAACUAACUUUACUAAUGAAAUCCUGCAAGAGUGCUGUGUUCAAGGGUUUACUCCCAUCCCAAUGAGACUAUCAUGUAAAGACAGAGCAGAGAGGGUCUCUAAGGUGAAAAAAAACCAAGCUUGUACAGAUGCCUUCUUAAAAUGCUGCCUUGAAGGAGAACGUCUGAGACAGCUAAAGAUUCAAGAGGAUGCCCAGAAAGGACUUGGCCGGACUGUAAGCACAGAGGAAAUUGAAUACUUCUUCUUGGAAGAGUCUCAGCCCGUUCGACGAAUAUUUCCCCCCAGCUUUGCUUUCACAGAAUUUGAUGUAAAUAGCAAAGGAAGGCAUACGUUGCAACUACCUGAUUCUAUUACCACAUGGGAGGUUCAGAUCGUCACAUUAUCUGCAGCCACUGGUCUCUGUGUAGUUAAGCCUACAGAGGUCAGAGCAUUUAAGAGGGUAUUUGUGUCUCUGAGACUGCCUUACUCAGUGAAAAAAUAUGAGCAACUAUACAUCUCACCUGUUGUCUACAACUAUGACGAUAAAGAACUACAGGUGGCAGUUCAUAUGACACAAACUGAAGGACUUUGCUCCCCCGGUUCUUCCACCCCCGCUGCUUUUGUUAACAUUACUUUGAAGCCACAGUCCUCCCAGUCUGUCUAUUUCUCUGCUGUCCCCAUGGUAGCAGGCUCAAUACCCAUCAAAAUACGUGUCUAUGAUAUAGAGAACAGCAUGGGAAUAGAUGCAGUUGAAAAGAUGUUGAAUGUGAAGACAGAAGGACUAUAUCAGAGAGAUGAAACAACCCACCUGCUUAAAUUAGAUGGAUCAAGCACAACGAAUUUUACUAUUGAUGGAGCGUUACCUCAUAACACAAUCCCUGACUCCGAUGCCAAUAUUUUCAUUUCAAUGGAAGGGGAUGGAUUUGCUAAUACAUAUGCGAAGAACCUUCUUUCUCCUGAGUGGGUUGCUAAAAUGAUUGUGCUGCCUUCUGGAUGUUUAGAACAGACAAUGAGUCGCCUGGCUCCUACGGCUUUAGCCUUGCGCUACCUUGACCUAAGUCAGCAAUGGUUUAACCUGCCUGCUGGUUCAAGAGAUGAGGCUCUUAAUAAACUUGAGUCAAAUCAGAACUCAGGUUAUAUGAACAUUUUUCGAUACAAGCAACCCAAUGGAGCUUAUGGAGCAUUUGGUUCAGUGCAGUCUAGUAACUGGGGGACUGCCUUUGUAGUGAAAGUGCUAUCAAUGGUGGCAGAGCGUCAGACGGCGGCUGUUGGACAGCAGGCCAGAAUAUCUAGGGUUGUACCAGCACAAGAAAUCACGCACCCAGUCAGUUACUUGCUUUCAGUACAGAAACCUGAUGGGUCAUUCACUGACCCAAAUCCAGUGCUACACAAGGGAAUCCUGAUGGACACAGACCAAGAUGCAUCCAUGACUGCUUUCAUAACUCUUGCACUGAAUCGGUCCCUUCAGUUCCAAACUCCAGAAGCACGAAAUAAUGUGGAAGCAGCCAUUUCAAGAUCAACAGAAUAUCUCCAGUCGCACUUUGAGGAGCUUCAGCAUCCUUAUGCUGUUGCCAUUGCAGCCUACUGCCUCUCCGUGUGCCUACCAAGAGGAACAGAUCUUUCACGUGUUUGGACAAAACUUCAAACAAUGGCCACUGAAGGGGAGAAUGGCUGUUAUCUGUGGUCAGCUGAUGCCAACACAAAGAAUGAAAAGAGGCCAGAUGCUAUCACAAUAGAGACUACAGCCUAUGCCCUCCUAACUGCAGUGGCACUUAAGAAUACCGACUGGGCAAACAGGGCAGCCUGCUGGUUAACAACUAAAGAAAACUAUUUUGGAGGCUACAGAUCAUCACAGGAUACCCUCAUGGUGUUGGACGCCCUCGCUGAGUAUGAGCUCUUGAGGCCCAUCAGUCCCGAAGCAAAUAUAGAAGCAGAGUUCCAUGUCACAGGGAAGAAAGACAUUAUAAAGCUUGCACUGGAAAAUAAAGAGGAGAGGGUGGAAACAAACCUGAGGAAAUUUACAGGUAACAACAUUGUGGCAGAGUUGACAGGACAAGGACAUACCAAGCUAAAAAUUGUAAAAGCUUACCAUCUACUUGAUCCUGACGAUGUCUGUGCCAAACUGUCUAUCAAUGUCACAGUGGAGGGGAAAGUGGAGUACACCGUUAAGAUCAUAGAAAAUUAUGAUGACUAUGAGGACUAUGAAAAUGAUGAAGAUAAAGCCAAGACACGAGUGGAACGAUCGCCGAUUGAGUGGUUUGAUUCUCACACCAGAAACAGGAGAAAUAUUAAUAAUAGCUUAAAUACAGAUGAGACUGUCACCUACAAAGUCUGUGUCAGGCACAGCCUGGACACCAAUCUCACAGGAAUGGCCAUCGCUGACAUCACACUUCUAAGUGGAUUUGAGGCUGUAACUAAGGACUUGGACCAGCUAAAAGAGUUGCCAGAACAAUACAUUACCCAUUAUGAAGUCUCCUACGGACGAGUGGUGAUCUACUUCAAUGAGCUGAUAGAUCCAGAAGAAUGUAUAAGUUUUGAUGCCACACAGACUGUGCCAGUUGCCCUUCUACAGCCUGCCCCAGCCGUGUUCUAUGACUAUUAUGAACCAGACAGAAAGUGUACUGUGUUCUACUCUGCCCCAAAAAGAAGCAAGAUAGUGUCCAAACUGUGCUCAGAGGACGUGUGCCAGUGUGCUGAAAGACCCUGUCACAAACUAAAAAUGACGUUUGGUUCAUCAGAAGGCAAACAAAAACUCAAGAAGGAUGACCGUUUACAACAUGCUUGCUUCUACCCUACAGCAGAUUACGCAUACACUGUUGAAGUUCUCGGUGUUUCUAUGAAGAGUAACUUUGAGCUGUAUGAAACAAAGGUAAUCGGGGUACUAAGAUCAUAUGGAGAUAAAUUUGUGAAGGAGAAUUCUAUUCGAGUGUUUGCCAAGAGGCGUCACUGUAAAGAAAAAUUAGAUGUGGGAAAACAAUAUCUCAUCAUGGGCAAAGAUGGCUCCACAACUGACUCAAAUGGAAUGAUGCAGUAUCUGCUAGAAUCAAAUACCUGGCUUGAGAAAACGCCUUCAGAUGAGCAAUGUCAACGAUCUGCCAAUCAACCUGCUUGCAGAGGGUUUUCUGAGUUUCUAAAUGAGUACAAGCUGGAUGGCUGCAAACAGUGAAACAGCUGGACACAAAGAGCUUCUUCCUUUUUUUAAUUUUACAUUUUGUAAUAUUUUACCUCUACCAUACAUAUAAACUACUAUAAUCAGUCAUGACAGCACAGGACAAGAACAUGCAUUAGCAUUAACACAGUACUGCUAGCCUAAUUCACAGUAUUAGUCAAAAAUGUACUUAAAUGUAACUAUUAAUCAUUUCUUUAUUUUUUAACAGGUAUUGAUGUUUAAAU